UGAGCUUACUACGGUCUUACUGUCAAUCAGCUGGGUUUGUUGACAAACAAAAAAGCAAACAAAGUUAAAUGAAACGAAAAUGUCGAGUUCAAAAAACACAAGCUUGAUUUUGGUUGUCAGCAUGGCGGCAUGUAUUGUGGCAUUAGAGGAAGAGGAGAAAAGACAGCGGCCGAAAUAUUGGGUGAGCCCAUAUCUGCAGGAAAGGGCCCUUAAAGGCCGAUAUGCUUCCGACACUCCCUCAAUGUUUUUCGAAAACUUUCACAUGCCUCAGAAGAGUUUUAACACUCUUUUUGGAAUGGUGGAGCAGUACCUUAUACCGAAACGGAACACUCGCCCAGAUGCUAUACCAAUAAAAGCCAAGUUGGCCAUCGUUUUAGAAUUUCUUGCCUCUGGAGACCUGCAACGCCACAUUGGAUCAACUUAUCGGAUCAGUAAGCAACAUUUUGGAGUGAUUCUCCUCCAGGUGUCUUUUGCCAUUUGGACUGCUUUGCGAGAUGAAUUCCCCAAGUGGACGACGGGGAAUAUGCUGAUGUGGGUUAAAGGCUUCGAAGACGAAUGGAACUUUCCUAAUUGUAUUGGAGCAGUCGACGGAAAGCAUGUGGCGAUAAAAGGCCCGCCAAAUAGUGGAAGCCUUUUUUACAAUUAUAAGGGCUUUCAUUCGAUUGUGCUUAUGGCAAUCUGCAACGCUCACUAUCGCUUCACCUACAUUGAUGUGGGGGCUUUUGGUAGCGAAGGAGACAUGAAUGCCUUCUCCCACAGCGAUCUUGGCAAACAGUUGCUCUUAGACCAGCUGCCCUUUCCGGAGGACAAUGUUAUAAACGGCCAUCGAACCCCUUAUUACAUUGUUGGUGAUGAUGCAUAG